AUGUGUUAUUUGAAAACAGUGCUUUUUGUGUUAAUAAUCCAAAGUAUAGGGAAUAUUUCUUCAGAAAUACCAGACGAACCUCCGAAUAUUGUUGUUAUAUUAGCGGAUGAUUUGGGAUGGAACGAUUUCGGCAUACACGGCUCUAAUCAGAUACCGACGCCUAAUAUAGACGCUCUCGGCUACAAUGGAGUGAUUUUGGAUAAGUUUUAUACGCAACAGACCUGCACGCCUUCCAGAGCGGCUCUGUUGACUGGAAAAUACCCCAUGAGACUAGGUCUGCAGGGUACCCCGAUAGACGCCGGAGAAAACCGCUCUCUGCCACUCGACACUCCCACCAUGGCCGAGCAGCUCAAGAAGCUGGGAUAUUCCACGCAUUUAGUGGGCAAAUGGCAUCUCGGAGCGGCUUGCAAGGAACACACGCCGACCAAACGCGGUUUCGACACUCAUUUCGGUUACUGGAACGGUUACGUCGGUUAUUUCAGCUACGAAAUCAACGUGUCUCAACCUAUAGACACUACAAAGAAUUUCAGCGGGUUCGAUCUCCACGACGCCUUGAGCCCCCAAUGGGCCUAUCAAGGCCAGUACGCCACGGAGUUGUUCACGAAGAAAUCGCUGGAAGUUAUCGAUAAACACGAUGUAUCUAAGCCGAUGUUCCUGAUGCUUAGCCAUUUGGCUGGCCACACCGGACACGACGGUACCGAAUUGGGCGUACCGAACAAAACCAGAACCGACGAGAAGUACAGUUACAUCAAAGACGGUGGCAGGAGAAAUCUGGCAGAUGUUGUGAACAUUUUGGACUGGUCAGUAGGAGAAGUGGUUAAGAAGCUAUCAGACAGAGGCAUGUUGGAGAAUUCCAUAGUUCUGUUCUUCUCCGAUAACGGCGCGCAAACGCACGGAUUGUUCCAGAACUUCGCGUCAUCCUGGCCUUUUCGAGGACUGAAGUUCACGCUGUUCGAAGGAGGCGUCAGAGGAACCGGGGUGAUGUACAGCCCGCUGUUUAAAAAGCAGAGCUACGUUAACAGGCAACUGAUUCACAUCACGGACUUGCUGCCUACGUUUUACCGGGCAGCUGGCGGUAACGUCGAAGAUUUGGGAAAUAUCGAUGGAAUAGACCAAUGGGACGCUAUAUCCAAAAAUGAACCUACUAACAGAUCCACGAUUCUCAUAAGCAUCGACGAUCUGAACGGGUACUCCGGAAUUCUGGGAUACGACGGUCGAUACAAGUUAUUAAACGGCUCGUUCAAAGACGGUAUUUACAGCGAUUACUUCAGCGAAAGUUACAGAGGUCCGGAGAAUCCCCCGUACGACAUUAGCUCGGUAAUGAAAAGCAACGUAAACGUAGCGAUUCAGAAACUGAGAGAAAACAAUCCUCUCGCACCGGCGACGAUUAAAGACCUGCGCAAGCAAGUCACGUUGAAUUCCUGCAGACCAGCGAAUAAUACGGAAGUAUUCACCUGCAACGAUAUGUGUUUGUUCGAUGUUUAUUCGGAUCCUUGUGAAACCACCAACAUCAUUAAUGACCCGAGUAAAGAGAGGAUUGUUCAGAAUUUGAAACGAAAAUUGAACAGAUACCUGAGCAAAAUAGUGCCGGCCGCUAACAAGAAAGUCGAUAUGCUAUCGGAUCCGAAGAACUUCAACAACACAUGGACACCGUGGUUGAUAUGCGAUGAGAAAAAGCAAAUCUACAAAUACGGAUGGGCGGAAUUUUACAGAAACCCUUUCAUAGCACUGUUCAAAUUUAUAUCACUUUACUUGUAA